CUGAAGCCGUAGUGGGCGUUGAGUGUGAGCAGUUUGAACCGUAGCGGUGCCGACCGAGGCGGAAAUAUUGGAUUUGGACGAAUUGUUUAUCGGCAGGGUGAACUUAAACGGCUUGAUUCACAUCCACAAACACUGUCUUUUAUAUAGCCGUGUUCAAAGUAGAAGGGACGGCGUCUUUUUCUUCUGUUUGCCGACUCUCGCUACGUAAAGCCGGCAAAGUGAAUCCCUCCUCCUCCUAAGCUAAACGCUAGUUAGCCGCCGAGCUAACGUUACAGCUAGCCGAAACACGGAGCAGGCUAACGUUAAUCCCCGACACAAAGGACGAUUUCGGCCGGUGUUGUGUCACAUCGAUCCCAUAUCACUCCGUUGAAUGAGUACUGAGCCUCCUGUGCAGGUUGAUCAUGGUGCUGACAGGGAAGCGCUCGGAGAAGGGUCCUGCCUGCUGGAAGAGGAGGGUGAAGUCUGAGUACAUGAGGCUUCGGCAGCUCAAACGCUUCAGGCGGGCCGACGAGGUCAAGAGCAUGUUCAACACCAACCGUCAGAAAAUCAUGGAUCGCACUGACAUCUUGAACCAGGAGUGGAAGACCAGGAGAAUCCAGCCGGUUCACAUCAUGACGUCUGUCGGCUCUUUAAGAGGAACCCGAGAGUGCACGGUGGACAGCGGCUUCUCCGAGUACCCCCGGCAGGUCAUUCCCCUUAAGACUCUCAACGCCGUGGCCUCAGUCCCGGUCAUGUACUCCUGGUCUCCGCUGCAGCAGAACUUCAUGGUGGAGGAUGAGACAGUGCUCCAUAACAUCCCCUACAUGGGAGACGAGAUCCUGGACCAAGAUGGUACUUUCAUAGAAGAACUCAUCAAGAACUAUGAUGGAAAAGUCCACGGAGACAGAGAGUGCGGCUUCAUCAACGAUGAAAUAUUCGUGGAGCUGGUCAGCGCUCUGUCGCAGUACAGCGACAACGAGGACGAUGAGGAGGAGGAAGAGCACGACUUCAAGGUAGAAAAGAUGGAGCUGUGUGAGGGCAAGGAGCAUCCAGAGGACCCGCGCAAGGAUGGGCUCAUUAACAAUGAGAGCCGAACCAGCAAUGACGGCACCAAGAAGUUUCCCUCUGACAAGAUUUUUGAAGCCAUCUCCUCCAUGUUCCCUGACAAGGGCUCCACUGAGGAGCUCAAAGAGAAGUACAAGGAGUUGACGGAGCAGCAGCUGCCCGGCGCGCUGCCCCCUGAGUGCACGCCAAACAUCGACGGUCCGAACGCCCGCUCCGUGCAGCGCGAACAGAGCCUGCACUCCUUCCACACUCUGUUCUGCAGACGAUGCUUCAAAUACGACUGCUUCCUGCACCCUUUCCAUGCAACUCCCAACACCUAUAAGCGCAAGAACUUGGAGAACCAGGUGGACACCAAACCCUGCGGCAUCGACUGCUACAUGUACUUGGUACAGGAUGGGAUAGUGAGCGAGUACCCCGCAGGCGUAGUUGCCGAGCGGGCCAAGACGCCCUCCAAGCGCACGGUGGGCCGUCGCCGCGGACGAAUGCCGAACAGCAACAGCCGACCCAGCACGCCAUCUGUUUCCUCGGAAACCAAAGACACAGACAGCGACCGCGAGGGCAGCAAAGAAGACGACCGAGACAACGAAAAAGAUGAUGACAAAGACGACGACAAAGACUACGACGACAAGAAGGACGAGAACACCAGCAGCUCAGAGGGAAACUCGCGGUGUCAGACUCCAGUGAAGAUGAAGCUGACUGUUGAGGCUGAAGCGGUUGAGUGGAGCGGCGCCGAAGCCUCUCUCUUCAGGGUUCUCAUCGGGACAUACUACGAUAACUUCUGCGCCAUCGCACGGCUCAUCGGCACCAAGACCUGCCGACAGGUUUACGAGUUCAGGGUGAAGGAGUCGAGCAUCAUCGCUCGGGCUCCCGCUGAAGACGAAGACACACCACCGAGAAAGAAGAAGAGGAAACACAGACUCUGGGCCACCCACUGCAGGAAGAUCCAGCUGAAGAAAGAUGGCUCGUCCAAUCAUGUGUAUAAUUACCAGCCAUGUGACCACCCACGGCAGCCCUGUGACUCCUCAUGUCCCUGCGUCACUGCUCAAAACUUCUGUGAGAAGUUUUGCCAGUGCAGCUCUGAGUGUCAGAACCGUUUCCCGGGUUGUCGGUGCAAAGCUCAGUGUAACACCAAGCAGUGCCCCUGCUACCUGGCCGUGAGGGAGUGUGACCCCGACCUCUGCCUGACCUGCGGCGCCGCAGACCACUGGGACAGCAAGAACGUGUCCUGCAAGAACUGCUCCAUCCAGAGAGGCGCCAAGAAGCAUCUGCUGCUGGCUCCUUCAGACGUGGCAGGUUGGGGCAUCUUCAUCAAAGAGCCAGUCCAGAAAAACGAGUUCAUAUCAGAGUACUGUGGAGAGAUAAUCUCUCAGGAUGAAGCCGAUCGCAGAGGGAAGGUCUACGACAAAUACAUGUGCAGCUUCCUCUUCAACCUUAACAACGACUUUGUUGUUGAUGCCACGAGGAAAGGCAACAAGAUCCGCUUCGCCAACCAUUCUGUCAACCCCAACUGCUAUGCAAAAGUGAUGAUGGUAAACGGGGAUCACAGGAUAGGAAUCUUUGCUAAGAGAGCCAUCCAGACUGGAGAGGAACUCUUCUUUGACUACAGGUACAGCCAGGCUGACGCCCUGAAGUACGUUGGGAUCGAGCGGGAGAUGGAGCUCGCCUGACUCGGACUUCUACCUCCUGUGGAUCAACGACACAAAGGCCUUACACUCAAACACAAACAAACACACUGUCACUUCAGGAAACCCAGACGACUUGUCACAAUGUUUAAAAGCUUCAGGAAAACUGGGAAUAUUUGAAGCUGAAUUUUGAUGCUUUUUAGGUUGUUGUUUUUUUUUGUCACCUUGAUCUUUUGUUUUUUCAAGUACUUUUCAGAUGUUUCUCUUUCGUCUUGUGAUUUUUCUCCUGUGAACAAAUCUUCCUCUUCUGUAAAUCUUUCCUCAGCUGGAAGUGCACAUCACCGACAAACUGACUCUUGUUUGUGUCGUGUUUUAAAUAGGAGACGAACCAAUGAUCGUUUGUUUAAAAACUAGCUUUUCAAUUCAUGCUUCAGGGACCGAACUCCUCCACCAGCCGCUUUCACACACGACCGUCUGGACUGUGUGUGUGUGUGUGUGUCCGUUGUCGCGUUGUGUUUUUAAACUGUGUGAACUGAACCAGCCGCAAUCUCCUCCGAGUGCCAGAUCACUGUCUGUCUGUAAAACAGGGAGGCCGUUCACAAAGCAGCGUCACACCAAUAAGCAACACAGAUUUUUACAACUUUUUUGGCAUUUGGUUUCCAAGCCGUCUUUGGUAGUUCCUGCGUGUGAAAUCGGAGGAUGUUGCCACGGUCGGCCACCUGUGCCUGAUGCCUGGUCGACCACAUGGGUCACCAGGGUCUGCAGCUAAGUCAAGAAAAUCUGGAUUGGCGCCUCGAUGCUCUUUCAUGUGUCUGCUAACAGAAUGAACAUAGAGCUGUUUUCUGGGACUUUGGCAAAGCGCUUGUGUUGUAUAAUUCCUGGCCUGCCGUUCACGGAGGAUCAUUUUUGGCAUUUGGUUUCCAAGCAGUCUUUGGUAGUUCCUGUGUGUGAGAUCGGAGGGAUGUUGCCACACAGUCGAGUUUUGAUACAAACAUUCACAGUUAUUAAACAAGUUAGAGCUGAAAGGAUCAAUUAAGUCAAUUAGCAACAAUUCAGAUUUGGUUUAUUAUUACUUAAGUCAAACAUUUAAGAAUAAUGCGGAUUAAUCUGUAAUUAAAACCAUUACUAGUUGCAGCCCAAGACUCUGUUUUCUGAAAGAUUUAUUGAUAACAAACUUUUAUACUAAAGCAUAUUUUGGAGUUGUCUUCGGGUCCGAAAUUUGGGUUUCUUUUAACCAAACGGUUAGUAAAAAGUAACGUGGAUGGUUCCAUACAACGCUCUUCACAAGUAACAUAAAUUAUCAGUUCACUACUUUCAUUGAAUUUGGGUUUUUUAUAGCAUUUUAAUUUUUUUUUCUUUUUUAAGUGCAGAAAGAAAUCGACAAACAUCGGGAAAAAGUAACGUGGAUGGUUCCAUACAAUGCUCUUCACAAUAAUAUAAAGGAUCAGUUCAUUACGUUCAUUGAAUUUGGUUGUUUUGAUUUAAUUUUAUAGGAUUUAAAAAAAUAUAGCAAAAAAUUAACAUUGAAAAUAAAAGUGACAUGUUGGGAAAAGCUUUUAAA